AUGACACCGGUGGGCUCCCAAUUAGAGAUUCAGGAGCAAUCGGCACCGGUUGAUCUGGACGUGAUUUGUGUGCUCCUAGUUUUGGAGGCGUUGGUGGCGACAAGCGUGCAUGCUGCGGCCCAAAAGGAAGCUACUGGUGACCCACAGAAGCGAGCCAUUGGUCAUGGAUAUGGGCUUGGGCUGGGUCUUGGACCGGUUUCGCUGCCAGCUUCCAUCGGAGCACCUAUUGCAGCUCCUGUUGGACCGAUUCUAGGUUCUUCCUUGGCAUCAGCACCUGUUCUUGGAGGAUCUGUUCUUGGAGGACAUGUUUUUGGUGGGCUUCCAGCAGGUCUUCCGGUGGGACUUCCAGCAGGACUUCCAGCAGGUCUUCCGGUGGGACUUCCAGCAGGUCUUCCGGUGGGACUUCCAGCAGGCCUUCCGGUAGGACUUCCAGUUGGGCUUCCAGCAGGACUACCGGCAGGACUUCCGGUGGGACUUCCGGCGCCUGGGGUACCAUUCCUAGGUGGAGGAUUUGCUCCGGCAGCCCUUCCCGGACCGGUGUUAGCUGCCGCCCCACCUACCCUGGCCUUACCCCCGACAGUGACGCGGAAUGUCCUGACGACGGUGCAGCAGCCUGUCCCCGUACCCUAUCCGCAACCCGUGCCCGUUGAUCGGCCUGUCCCCGUGCCCGUCCACGUUACCGUUCCCGUGGAUCGUCCCGUUCCCGUACCGCAUCCGGUUGCCGUCCCUGUUCACGUACCCCGCCCCGUUCCUGUCCCAGUGCCCCAACCCUACCCGGUGACUGUCACAAGAACCGUCCCCGUGCCCGUUCCCCAGCCAUACCCGGUGCCGCAUGCCGUCCCCGUACCGCAACCCGUGCCCGUGCCGCAACCUAUCCCCGUACCACAGCCCGUUGCCGUUCCACAUCCGGUGGCCGUGCCACAUCCGGUGGUCGUUCCGGCACCUGUACCCGUCGCUCCACUACCAACCUUCGCCUACGGUGGCUUUCUGCCUUCGUACGGGAAGGUGUACGGUGGAGGCAUCACCCUGCAGAAGGUCUACACUGGGCACCAUCACGGACUCGGGCUGUUGGGACUGAAGAAGUAUCUGGGCUGA